UCUCGUUCUAUCUCAACGUCAAUGCUUCUCGUUCUCCUCUCUUUCUAUUCAUUCAUUCACUGUCUGUCCGUGUGUCUCUGCCUUGGGCUCCCUGUAGUCUGACCUUAGGUAGCGUGUUACCUGGCUGCGUGUAGCAUUGGCUCAUCCUGGCCAUUCCCUGUCAAACCAGGCCUUCCCCUCUUGUUGUUCUUAUCUUGUCUUGUCGCUCGCGUGUCCAGCUAAUCUAACACCCCUCACAUUGUUUGUGUAGUACUGCUACUACUGCUACCGCUACAUUCUACUACUGCUGCUGAACUAUCCCUCCAUCCCCCAAUCCCCGCAUACUUUAAUCUCGGGUACUCGAGUCCGCUAGCUGGUAGCUGGAAACAAAGUAGUAUACUUGUUAUUGCUUGUGUCGCCGCCGACACUCCGCGCCACUUCUAUAUAUCGCUUGCAUCUUUACACCGAACACGCUCGCACACACAUCUGUACGCCGUAUCCUCUCCUGCGAUUCAUAAUCACCAUGUUGGCCCCUCGUCUAUUCCGAAUUCAAACCAGCUCCUCCACCUACCCCUCGACUUUAAUACUACGACCCUUAUCCACCACCAGCGCCUUAUAUCGAGCCCCUUCGCUUAGAGAUAUCACCCCAGACAACGCGGCUAGUUUCAAUGCGAAGCAGAAGGAGUUCCGCGCGAACCUGGAAGCUGCUCGGAAGAAAAAAGCACAGGCAGAGAGAGAACACCGUCAAUCCGAUGCUGGCCAGACCCCAAAGCGAGGGGCCUUGUCCAGCUUGAUCUAUGGCACCAAGGAAGGACAGCAGCUGGACAAGGAUAUCGAGCGCUCUUUCUCGGAAGUGCUCGCGCGAGGGAAAUACGUCCAUUCGAUCGUUUUUCACGAAGUCAAGCCGGAUAAAGUGGAGGAAUACGUUGAUUUGGUUGGUCAGUGGUAUCCGCGGAUGGCACAGAUUGAGAACAACAAGGUCAAUCUGGUCGGAAGUUGGAGGACACAGGUUGGAGAUAAUGAUACAUUCGUUCAUAUAUGGGAAUACCAACGCUACUCAGGCUACCACGCCUCCCUCCACGCCAUCUCCCAACACCCGGACUUCCGCGCAUUCGACCGCCGUCUAAAAUCCCUCAUCAACAACAAACGCACUUCUCUCAUGCAAGAAUUCUCCUUCUGGCCCACUACCCCUCCACGCAAACUCGGCGGCCUCUUUGAACUCCGCUCGUACACUCUACAUCCGGGCAACCUGCUCGAAUGGGAAACCCACUGGCGACGAGGCCUACACGCGCGGCGCGAAGUCAUGGAAGGGGUUGGUGCGUGGUUUGUGCAGAUUGGCGAGCUGAAUACGGUGCAUCACCUGUGGCAGUUUGCGGAUUUGGAAGAGCGGAAGAUUCGGCGCGAGCAGUCUUGGUCGAUUGAAGGAUGGGCAGAUACGGUGCAUAAGACGGUGCCGUUGAUACAGUGUAUGAAGAGUCGGAUUUUGAUUCCUAUGCCGUGGAGUCCUGUGGGGUAGAAUUUCUUUCUUCUUCCUUUCUUUUUCCCAAAUGACCGGAAUGAGAUUGUGCGAACGGGAAAGGGCUCUGUCGUCGUGGAGGAUUUUUCUUUUUUUUCCUUUUUGUCUACUUUCAUAUAUAUCAAGUGACAGGUGUGAGAUGUCACGACUGUCGAGAGAGUUCUUACAAGCAUACUUUACGGUGUUUUUAAGACUUGAAUGCUCCUGCUACUGAUGCUGGCGGGGGCAGGAAGAAGAGAAGGAAGGAAGCAAGGAAGCAAGGAAGCAAGGAUAAACGCCCCUCCGGGGCGUCUUUUCCAGCGAGGUUCGAUAUCAUCCUGGCUGGUUGGAUAAGUGGACGGCGGCGAUAGUUGUUGCCAGGUCCAUGGUACGAAUGGAGGAAGAUAGAUAACUGAGGGGCCUGUGGAGUCUGUUUUCCCAGUGUAUGUUCUUUUUCUAUUAUCAAGAAGGCGGGGUGUGUGGAGGAGGGGGAAUAUAUUAUUAUUGAUGGAGAAUUAUUUGGCAGGGAAUUGUUAGACAUUUAUUAUUAUUCAGAGGGGCAUUUGUUUGAUAGCUAAGGAACGAACUGGAGAGUGAUUAUGAUGAUCAUGGAUGAUGUAUCGUGGCUAAUAAGAAAGAUAACCAAGGUGUAAUUUAUUAGCAAUGAAUAUUAAUAAAAGACAC